AUGUGUAAAGCUUGCCCAGCGGCAGCGAUCAAACAGGCGAUCGAAGCGAAUCACGGGCUGUUUUGGUACCCAGAGCAAAACGUGGAGCUAGCUUGCUGCAACUUUGCAGGAUUGCUUCGGGAGCUCUUCAAGUUGGGGAAGACGUUGCUGCCGAAGGAGACUCAGAAAGAAAUGGAGAGAUUCAACACUCUCCAUUGCAACAAGCUCCUUGACGACAAGAGGACCUCCCGCAACCAAGGGACGUUUCUUUUCGUUUUCGAUUGUUCCUAUUUGUUGGUCUUUUUCCCUCUGAAGCGUUCGUGUUGGGUUGGACUUCAGGUCAGCUCCAAGCCCAACUUCGCGAUUUGGGAGGAAGUGAACCCUGAUCUCGACGCGUGUGCGGCUUCGUGGAUCUUCGACAUCAACGCUGUUGGAGGUGCUCUUCGACUUUGCGCAUGUUCGUACCGAAAGUAUGUGCUAUCGCGCUGGUCGGACGAGAAGUGGAUUGUUGCAAAGGGGGACGCAGUAUGUGCGGAAAUUCAGGUCCUCGAGCAGGGGAGCCUGCGUGGCUGUCGCGAGCCGAGCGCCGGCUGUAUCGGCCGCAUUGCCAAGGCACAGAGAUCUGCACACGUUGCGGAGGACGCCUUGCAGGCACCCUCCACCGACGAACUGUCGGCCUUUGCAGAACAGAACAGCAUCGGCGCCAGCUGCUGUGCAAAGAGCCGUGCUGGACCAGGGAAGCCUCCGGGGCUGUCGAGAUCCUGGUGCCGGCUGCGUCGGCCGGAUCAGGAAGGCCGUGACCUCAUCGAUGUCAUGACACCCGACAAGGCAUUUUCACUGCCACUGCUGCUGGCGAGGCAGAGGCGCCAAACGCUGAAGUGGCUUAAGGCUUCAUGGAUCCAGGUGUCCUUGGUCGCCAGCGGGAAGAUGAGCGAGGCUGGAGCACCGACUAGUUGGGCCGUCUGGAGACGGUCGAUCAACACCGCCGAUUUCUUCACGUCGAAGGAUGCAUGCAUGGUGCAGUUCGACAGCUCUCGCGAGACCUGGUUCUUGCCUUCGAGCCAUUGGACGAAUGAUACCGGACCCACCAGACCCAGAGGUCAAUCAGUCGACCUUUUCGCCAAUGUGUGCAUUGAGCGGGCGGAAUUGUCCAGAUCACAGACGAGAAUGGCGCAAGCAUGA